GUCGCGUGCUUUCAUGUUAAUAGCUAACGUUUUGUUAGACACAAUAUAAAACUAUAGCCUUGUAAUUAGGGUGUUAACAUUUUUCUCAACUACCAACUGUUUCGGCCUUAACAUCAGUCCUAAACCGGGUUUAGUUGGUGUCAGCGGCGUCAGUUAAAAAGCUAGCUUGAAUCACUUAAACAAAGAGGUAACGUUAAUAGCAUAAUAUAAGUAGCCUAUCAGAGCUUGAACGUUAGCUAUAGCUAGAUCUGCCCCUGUUUUGACAAGCGUUUCCUCUUUCACUUCAACCACAAGCUGAUACUACAGACACAGCAUUGCACACACACACACACACACUCGCACUGCUCGCUGAACAGAUAAGCCACAGACACAUCCCCUUGUAGCAGCCUGCUGUAACGUUAUAAACCUCCACAUCUCGGCAAGCCUUUAACAGCUGCUUCACAGUUCACACACCAGAGGAGGAACUCGGGAUCAGUCUGAUUUGAACAAUUCCGACGUGGAAAAAGGAGGAUGGAGCCAUUUAAGGUGUCCCACUGGAUUGUGUGACUAAUAUCUUAUUUUAAAUUGUAUGAGUCACGGUUUAAGUUUCAACUAUUUUCAUAAUUGAACCACUGAGGGUGUGUCUGGGACGGUCACAGUUAGGCUACUACUACGGCAUGCAGGAUGGGCCAAACUCGCUCGGAUCUAUCGCACACCACAGCCACCCCAGGCAAAGCGAAGUGGAAAGCAGGCGAAACAGCCCAUCGACUCAGUCUCUGCAGAUCUAGGAGCGGAGAGAAGCGACGGGGUGGCCAGUUGAACAGGAAUCCGAUGAAAAAUAAAGUGUUAUCGUGUCUGGGAAGGAGAAAGCGAGACUCUAGCCAAACAGAAGCGGAUUUAGGUUGCGGAAACGGAGCCGGAGAUCCAGCAACGCGCCGCGAUCACCGAGUAGGAAAGUUGCCGAGGGACGAGGUUGUCUCGGCGGGUGAGGAACAUCGAGCAUCCCCGGGUUGUUUUGAGUCACCAUCUGGCGUCGAUGAUAAUGUCGAAGCUAUCCAACACGCCGUGAACCGAGAGGCAGCGGCUGGGUCGUCCGAUGCGUCAGGUUUGGAAACGCAGACCGGUGAAGUCAGCGGUGCUGGCAGCGAAGAGCCGAAACCCGAGCGAGAGGACAAUGCUUCGGAACCUCCGACGGGAGCCAUGGAAGACCAGCCACUGUGGGGAAACUACCAGCAUCGUAUUGUGACUGAGGCUCGUGAAUUAACGCGGACUAGUCUGAGUUCAGCCCCGCUGCUCACAUCUGACCCCGACACUGAGCGGACUUUCUCCAGCUUGUCCCCAGAUCAGCCUUUGGACAGUGGACUGUCGGUAACAGGCGAUCACGCCGAGGCUAAAAUGACAAAAAGUGAGUGCAGCUGUCCGGUUGAAAGUGAGAGUCGAAAAAAUUCAGAUCAGGCCCCUCGGGGUCCCCCAGGAAGCCAACGUUUCCCAGGAACCAUACCGAAACUCAUCAUAACUAGAGACCCCAGUCCGACCCGCUCUCAGGACACAUCGGCCCUGCUGACCGCCCGAACGGAGCUCGGCACCGGCUCGUGUCUGGAACCUCAGCCAGAUGAUGAGUCCCCCUGCUCGGACAGCGGCUGCGGAGGGUCCCCUGCGCUGAUGCGCUCUCCGAGGAAGCUGUCCAACUCCUCCUCCAUCGGUCUGUCCUCCGCCUCGUCCUUCGAGGAGUCCGAGGACGACUUCACUGGGAGCGACAUCGAGUCCAGUCUGUCUCCGGCCCGGUCUUUGUGUAGCCCGGACGAUUGCACAGGGAAUAAGUCCUGGCAGAAAUUGAAGACCAUGGUCCACUGGUCCCCCUUCGUCGUGUCCUUCAAGAAGCGUUACCCAUGGGUGCAGCUCGCUGGUCACGCAGGUAACUUCCAGGCUGGGGAGUACGGCCGCUUGUUGAAGCGAUACUGUGAGUGUGAGCAGCAGUGCCUACAGAAGCUGAUGAAGGACACUCUGCGCCCCCAUGUACCAGGUUAUUAUGGGGUAGUACAGAGAGACGAGCAGGACUAUAACCUGAUGGAUGACCUGCUGGCUGACUUCGACUCGCCCUCCAUCAUGGACUGUAAGAUGGGCAGCAGGACGUACUUGGAGGAGGAGCUGAUAAAAGCCAGAGAGCGUCCACGUUUGCGGAAGGACAUGUACGAGAAGAUGGUGGCAGUGGACCCCGGGGCCCCCACAGAGCAGGAGAGGGCCCAGCAGGGAGUCCUCAAACCCAGAUACAUGCAGUGGAGGGAGACGCUCAGCUCCACAGCCACCCUGGGCUUCCGCAUCGAAGGCAUUAAGAAGUCUGAUGGAACUUGUAACACCAACUUUAAGAAGACGAAGCACAGGGAGCAGGUGAUGCAGGCCUUGAAGGACUUUGUAGCUGGUAACACUAAGAUUCUGAAACUCUACCUGCAGCAGUUGGAGGAACUUCGAUCCGUUCUUGAGCAGUCUCACUUCUUCAGGACACACGAGGUCGUCGGCAGCUCUCUGCUGUUUGUGCACGACGCCUCGGGGAAUGCCAGAGUGUGGAUGAUCGACUUUGGGAAGACGGUUCCCCUGCAGGCCCCUCUGACCCUGGACCACAGGACCCCCUGGAUGGAAGGCAACAGGGAGGACGGCUACCUGUGGGGACUGGACAACCUCAUAGACAUCUUCAACAGUAUGCUCCCACAGACACCUUGAGUGAAGGACUCAGAAGACUCCAAUGAAACAUUGGUCCAUGUCCAGAUGGUGGAAGAGAUACAAGAUCAGGAGAGUUUGGAGAAAAGAAUAAAAGAUUACACAACCUGAGACUGACAGAGGAAGGAUUAGAAGAGUGCCAGCGGUUUGAUUUUUAUGACCCACACAAUGAUCCAAAUGUCUUUAUUCCAUGUUACUUGUACUUAAGAAGAGGAUGAACGAAGGCAAACACUUGAUUUCUUUUGCAAAGUGUAGGAUACCAAAGGACGACUUUAUGCAUAAUGCUCCAUUUGUGGAACUUGGGGACAGAUGACUUGCGAUGUGUUGAGGCAAACGGUAGUAGGAAGAGAAAGAGGGAGAAUUGAAUACAGAAUUGUAACUUUUGUUACAUGGGACUGUGGAGAGUACAGUCCUCCGAAUGCAUGGACCUCUGACAGUCACACAGACAUACAUUCAGUAUUGCUCAUCUCCCUCUGUUGGUUAGAGUUGCACUCAGCACUCUUGCAACCAUGAAGUUGAUUCAGAGGCAUAAAACCUUUUCACGCAGCCUUCGAGGAGCAUUGGGUAACGGGAGUUUACCACAUUCUUGUCAUGGACCACUUUCGAUGUUUAGGUAUACAGUAAACACUAAAACACUGGUCGGACUACGUGUUAACUAACUCAGUGUGUAAAUACAUUUUUAUUUAAUUUUUGUUUGGCCAUGGUAUACCCUCCUUACUUUGUUUGUACACUUUCUGUGCCUAGAGCUGUUUGAUCAUUCCAGUGCAGUGGACUAUUUUCUCUUCCAAAGAGGUCACCCAAGUGUAAACUGAUUUACAAUAUAAUCCCAAAGUUUAACUUCUUGCAGAAAAGCAUUUUCUAAAUUUGGAUUUGUGUAUGAUAAUGCAGUGAGUUUUUUUUUUUUUUCCUCCCUCUUUUAACUGUGCAGUAAUCAGCUUGGCAGCCAUGUUUUGUCUGGAAUUUGUUGCACUAUGGGUCCUCACAAAGCCAUUGAACAAAUCAGGCGGUGCCUUUGUGUCUUAAGAAUGGGGAGCAGCAGUCAAGUAUUGGGUUUACAGAUGCAGACAUGGAGAAGUGUAUAACAUGAAUUUAAUUUGUUAUCACUUCUCUCUGAUCAGUGUUGCUUUAGAUGAUCAGAUUAAUCUGAUCAGAUUGCUUCAGUUGCUUGCGGGGAGUUCUGCAGCAAAGCAGUGGUGUAACGGGUGAAAAGAAACUGGAAUUGGCCUACCUGGUUAAACUGCAGUCUGUUUAGGCUUUUAAGAGCUUUCACUUAUGUUCCAGCUUACACGUGAUCUUCAAACUGGAAAUGUGAAAUGUGUCUUAUGAUUCAACAGAUGACGCAUAAUCGAAUACAAGUCAAAAUCUCAUUUAGCUACAUUAAACAGGCUUGUAGGGUUGAAUUUUUGUAUACGGAAUGUAGUUUACAAAGAAACAACAUUGUUCUAUUUAGAUAGUAAGUCAGUGCUUAUGACCAUAUGUUUCAGUUCUUGACUGGAAUGCAGCCAUAACAGUGUCGAGUCUUCAAGAUGUACUUCGACAGUGUCAGGCAGCACUGAUUGGGCGUGUGCGUUAGCUAAACAUCUGACUUCAUGAAAUUGGAAUUCAAAUUCAAGUUUUUCCAGUUCCUGUGUUUACAAAGUGUUAUAUUUCUUUGCCCACAAAUCCUCUGUAUUUGUAAAAUGGCAAACUAUCAGGUUUUCAGACUGGGUGCUGCUUUAAGAAAAACUGGAUUCAUAACUACAUUUUGUAUUUUUAAAGGCAGCGUAUUUUAAAGUUGCAAAGCACAGACAGACUUUUGAAAAUUGAUAUUAAUUCCCUGCUUUGUCCAGCUCAUGGAUUGCAAUAAACUGGAAGUAAAGAGUUU